GCUCCGGAAGAUGCAAGAAUGAAAUGAUCAAUGUAAGAAGUUAUUCGAACCAAAGCGUCGAGUGGAGGAUGUUGAACGAUGUACGCGAUGUGUCACGCGUGCUGCGCGCCUAAUGCGCCAACGCUUUUGUCACAUGUCAGCCGGAGAUAUAGAAGCUUGGACGUUCGUUCUACGCCGCGUCGCCGACGACAUGAUCACUUCCAUCGCGAAGCUACUCCCGUCAUCAUUACGAUGCCCAGUCCGACGGCAGAUACUCUUGCUGAAGCUCUGCAAGCCACUCGAACAAUCCAGCCCCGGGAAGCUUUGUCCGAGCUCGAACACGAAGGCGCCCACUCAUCGCACGAACAGCCGUGAAGGAUGCGCGACAUUGCUCUACUACCCUGGGCAAGCCACACCAUCUGCCAGUUGAACUCUCGUAGGAGUCCAACAUUGCAACAGAGAGGGUGGCUGGCUUACACACUCCCUAUCUGGACAAUAUGCGAGAUCUAAGGGUAACCUGGACUAACGGAUGAAGACUCCUUUGAAUAUUCGUAUCCCGUC